UGGCAUCCGGUGGGCCGAGGCAGGCAGGGAGCGUCGGCGAUGGACGACCACAGUCUGGACGAGUUCCGCCGGCGCUGGCAGGAGGAGCUGGCUCAGGCCCAGGCGCUGAGGAAGCGGCGGCGGCCCGAGGCUGCCGAGCGGCGGCCGCGGCGGCCCGAGGUGGUGUCCGGGCGCGGCGAGCAGCAGGCCUCGGGGUACCUGGCGCUGGCCCAGGGUCUUCUGGAGGGCGCGGGGCGGCCCCCGGCGGCGCGGGCGACCCGGGCCGAGAGGCAGGAGGCGGCGAGCCGUUCCCGCUCCCCUCCGGCCCGCGACGCUGCCGGGGGCAGAGAGCAGCUGGUGGACCAGCUCAUACGGGACCUGAAUGAAAUGGAUGAUGUUCCCUUCUUUGAUAUCCAACUGCCUUAUGAGUUGGCAAUCAAUAUAUUUCAGUAUCUGAACAGGAGAGAACUAGGAAGGUGCGCACAGGUGAGCAAGACGUGGAAGGUGAUUGCAGAAGACGAGGUGCUGUGGUACAGGCUGUGCCAGCAGGAAGGCCACCUCCCCGAGAGCAGCAUCUCCGAUUAUUCUUGCUGGAAGCUCGUGUUCCAAGAGUGCCGAGCCAAGGAGCACAUGUUGAGAACCAACUGGAAGAAUCGCAAAGGCGCUGUGAGUGAGCUGGAACACAUUCCCGACGCAGUUUUAUGUGAUGUGCAUUCUCACGAUGGCGUUGUCAUUGCUGGAUACACGUCAGGGGACGUGAGGGUGUGGGACACCCGCACCUGGGACUACACAGCCCCCUUCCUGGAAUCGGAGUUUGAGGAGGAUGAGCCUGGAAUGCAGCCAUAUGUCUCCUUUGUGAGGAUAAACAGCUCGCUGGCGGUGGCAGCUUACGAGGAUGGAUUUCUUAAUAUUUGGAAUCUAAGGACUGGAAAGUAUCCUAUUCAUCGUUUCGAGCAUGAUGCAAGAAUACAAGCUCUAGCCCUCAGCCAGGAAGAUGCAACAAUUGCCACAGCCUCUGCUUUUGAUGUUGUAAUGUUAUGCCCCAACGAGGAGGGAAAUUUGCAAAUAGCUGCAGAAUUUGAAGUUCAGAAACUGGUUGACUACCUUGAAAUAGUUCCGGACACUGAAAGGUACCCGGUGGCAGUGGCCACCGCUGGAGAUCUGGUAUACCUGCUAAAAGCUGAAGACUCUGCCAGAACCCUCCAUUACGUCUACGGGCAGCCGGUCACGUGUCUGGACGUCUCCGCCAACCAGGCUGCUUUUGGUGUGAAGAGUCUGGGAUGGGUGUACGAAGGAAACAAGAUCCUGGUAUACAGCCUGGAAGCAGAACGCUGCGUCUCGAAGCUGGGCAACGCGCUGGGCGACUUCUCCUGCGUCAACCUCCGGGACAGCCCUCCCAACCUCAUGGUCAGCGGCAACAUGGACCGGAGGGUGAGGAUCCACGACCUCCGCACUGACAGCAUCGCCCUGUCCAUCUCCGCCCACCAGCUUGGAGUGUCUGCAGUCCAGAUGGAUGACUGGAAGAUCGUCAGUGGAGGCGAGGAGGGCCUGGUCUCCGUGUGGGACUACCGGAUGAGCCAGAAGCUGUGGGAGGUUCACUCCAGACACCCCGUGCGGCACAUCUCCUUCAACAGCCACAGCCUCAUCACUGCCCACGUGCCCUAUGAGCGAGUGGUGCGCAACGCCGACCUGGACAACUUUGCCACCCACCGCAGACACCGGGGGCUCAUCCAGGCCUACGCGUUUGCAGUGGACCAGCUGGCCUUUCAGAGCACGGUGCCCAUCUGCCGCUCGGCCUGUGACGCCAUGCCGGGUUACAACUACGACCUCGCACUCGCCUUCCCGCCUGACAGGAUUUAGGGAAGCGCCUCACUGGAGGGCAGGAGGGGCACCCACGGGGCUGUAAGUGUAGGGGAGAAGAGCAACCCCAGGGCGCACUGUGUGACCCCACAGGUGUGACCCCCACAUUCCUCUGCGCCUUUGCUUUCCCCUUUGCUGGGGGUCUCCCUGCAUCAUUGUGUACACUACACAGAGGCCUUCACUGUAGCUCGCAGGUGAGGCCCUGUAGCACCCCGCUCCAGCACACACACUCUCUUUCCAGUCUCCAAACCCCUUCUUUGGGGGCCCUCUGGAGACACUGGUCUCCGAGCUGACAAGGCCUCAUCACCCACCCAGCUCUUGGAUCUGAGGUCACGAAUUCAACUCUGGGUCGUCCCUAAUCUGGAGAGUAGUCCUUUAUCCUGGUAGCUUUUGAUUCAUAAUUAUAUAUUUAUACAAUGAUUUCAUUAAUAACUGUUUUGCUUAUUACGGUGUCUGUAACAUGUGAUAUAAAGUAGACAUUUUCUACAGCCUCAGGAAUAAACUGUCCUCCACA